CUCUGUGUUUAUAACCACAGUUCCUGUGAUUGACGUUGUUUGGAUCAGUGUAUAUGGAAAUAGAGCAAUAAUUAUGACAGAAACUCAAGACGUAGUGUCAUCAAAAAAUGUAAAAUUUAAAAAUAAAACCAAGAAACAGUUCAGGAAACGAACUGACUCUUCAGAAGAAAGUAAUGACAGUGAGGAAGAAAGGAGUGAUAAUGAUGUCAGUUUAAAAUUGGAGGAAAUGAAGACCUUACAAAAACUCAGGAAAAGGCAGAAUGGAGUUAGCAUUGUCAGUUUGGCAUUUGGGAAAAAGGCUACUACUGAGGAUGAAACACUAGGGACUGAUCCAUUUAAACUGAAAACCGGAGGUAUGGUACACAUGAAAGCACUCAAAAUAAAACGUAUGGAUGAUGCCUAUAGCACAGGGAUUGGAACACAGUUUUCUGCUGAAACAAAUAAGAGGGAUGAAGAUGAAGAAAUGAUGAAGUAUAUUGAAGAUCAACUGUCAAAGCGGAAAGGAAUAAUAAAGACAGAAGACGAACUACCUAUAAGUGAGGAUGUCAAGUACUGUUCCCCAGAAGAGGCUGCUCUUCAAGCAGUGCCUGACCACCUGCGUGCCUCAUCCACACAUCGCUCAGAGGAGAUGCUGUCUAACCAAAUGCUAAGUGGAAUCCCAGAAGUAGACCUCGGCAUCGAUGCUAAGAUACGUAACAUAGAAGCCACUGAAGAGGCGAAGUUGAAACUGCUGUGGGAGCGUCACAGUAAGAAAGAUGGCCCAUCACAGUUUGUACCCACUAAUAUGGCUGUCAACUUUGUACAGCAUAACAGAUUUAACAUUGAAGACCCAGAACCACCUAAGAAACGAGAAAGGCAAAUGGAAGAAAAGACAAAAAUGGUUGUUGUGGGAUCAGCACCUGAAGAUAAAGUGAAACGGUCGAGAGACAAUGGAGAGAAAGCUACAGAUGACUAUCACUAUGAAAGGUUUAAGAAACAGUUCCGACGAUACUGAUUCAGAAUCAAGAGUGGCUUUGAAGAAAAUAAAGUAACAUUUAUGGUGGAAAUCCACACUCCUUAUCCUUACUUUUCUCAUUUCAAUCUAUAUCUUUGUAAAUAAUGACAGAAACUUCAGUGAGCAUUAUUGAAUCGGAAGGUUUGGUUUUACCUAAGCACCAUGCCAUGGAGGUAAAGCUGUCGAUGUUCAAAUCUCAGUACCAAAUAUAAGUGAAUGGUCUUCAUACUCUGUUCAUUAUGACCUAAGGGAAGGAAAUG